AUGGCUAGAAGAGACACCUCCGAGCCGGAGCAGGUUUCGUCGUCGCGGUCGUCCACAAAACACCGGAACCAGGUGCUUGCUCAACAGCAAAAGGAGUUUUUGGCCAAGUACAUUCACUCAAAUGGGCCACAGGACUUUCCAGUCAAGGACCCGCUGGAUUUCUCCAGCUGGACAGAGGAACAGCUACGCAAGUACAGAGAGCUAUAUUUGAACCCUUCGCAGAUCAUCACCCCCGAUGUGAAGACGCUCCAGGGCUACAUGCUGGAAGGCUCAGAGCUUGGAGAGUCGUCAGAGUCCUACGCAAAAAACGAGCUCAGCAGUGGCACUAACAUGUACGAAUACCGCAACAGAGACGAUCUCAGACACGCUGUCGAAGACCAUUUCAACAACCAACUGACCGUGAAGGAGAGUGACGUGAUAAUGGGUUUCAUCUACAGAGUCAAGAAUGAGGACAAGAAGUUCAAGAUGUAUUUCGACAGACGAAACUAAACAUUAGUCGAGAUUUAGUCUUCGACGAGCUCUGAGCACCAUUUCCCGUUUUUUCUGCUCAAAGUCCAGGCCCUCGAACUGGGCUGGCUUGCAAUCCUGCUUCUUUAUUUGCUGGCUUCCGCUAUAUUGCGAUUCGCCUGUUUCGUGCGCUGCGAGCAGUCCGUUCAAGUAAUUAUCGAUCGUGACCUGAACACUGCGGGUGCGUUCCAGAUCACGGCGGAUCACCGACGGCGGAAGAUUUGGAGCGAUCUGGGCCACACGCGCCACCAUUUCGUCCGUCACGCCUGCGUCGUCGCCCAGAAAGUACGCUAUGAACACAGACGCAACGACCAGUGUCACCACCAGUGUGAUUGUGCUGUUCAUAGUAAAUUCUGGAGAUUAAAUAACUACACCGAAAACCG